AUGGCAUAUAAAUUCACGAGGAUCUCAUCUCAGACAUCUGUUGAAAAAGACACUCGUUGCCAAAUGAUGAAACCUGGAGUUUCUUUUGUCGCUUUCUUGGCGACUUUUUACGCUUUUAACAGCAUUGUCGUCACUAAUGGAAAAAGUGCAGCAACCUUUUACAAUGGAAAAGGAAUCAUUGUCGAAGGGAACAAAAACACCUUCAACUUGGGCCAUGACGCAGAAAUAAAAACUGCUCUAAGUCAGAUACAAAAGAGGUUAGCUUCUCUGGAAGAAAAGAUUUCCGCAGUGCAUCCACUUCAACGUGGUAAGUAAAAAUUACUAAUCAAGACUCUGUUUUCACAUUCUUACCGAUGAUUGCAGAAACGAAAUUUCAGAGGUUUCCGUUUAAAAUUAGAUUCUCUACACAUGGUUCGUAGAACUUCAGACAAACAAAUUUUUAGGACAUUCCAAGGGACUUCCAAGGAAAUUACAGUUUUCAAGGACUUAGAUUUAUUCAAUAAAUCGGCAUUCUUUAACCUCCUUGUAAAAUGACUGGGUAUGACUUGCAAUUGCAUCUGAGGUACAGAAAUAUAGCAUUUGAAAUAAGGAUAGGGAAAUAAAAUAUUGUUAUAUAGAUCGUUUUCACAGUCACGUAACAAAAAAUUAAAUUGGAAACCGUCCUGUGGAAGAAGCCAAGAAAGGGAAAUGUUGUAAAAGACUAAUAUAUAAACAUUUUGUCCAAGUCUCAGGUCUUUGUGGCCCAUAGUUUCUGAGUUAAUUGCCGAAACGUUUCAGGCACCUUUGUGGAGCUUUGUAUGGAGACGCCAUGUUGGUGCACCGUUUUGGUACACCAAUAUGGCCGCCGGAAAACAACAAAAAACAUCUGGAGUUCACUUUUUCUAUAAAAGCUCUUUCUUUUCACUCGAGAACUAGCAUACGUACGCAUAAACAUAUCUUCUGAUACUUGAAGUGGUUACACUGCUGAAAAUCAAGAGGAGAGACUUUUUUGCAACGAGACAGCAUUCCUAUUUUGAUGUCACGCACUGUGAAAACUCGGAAGUUCAAAUUGCUGUAUUUUCGAAACGAAAAUGCUACGGAAAUGCAAACUUGGACAAAGAUUUACUUUUUGUUUAUCUUCAACCUAGUGUAAAUAAGAAUUCAUAAAACCUCGCUAUUUUGACUUUACAAUUUGAUGACGUCACAGUGAAAACCAUCUAUUCUUAGACUUUCACUCAAGAAAACAGGGGCUGCCAUUAGUUGAUUCUUGGUCACAUGGCCUUGAGUAAAAUCAAAAUGUACCCCGCCGCUCGGGAAAUUCGCUCGGAAUACAUUACAGCACGUGAUCAAAGCAUGGUGGAAAGUGGCGUGACAAAAGGGGGGAAAACACUGCCAGUUUUCACUUUCGGUGAUGAAAACAAAAAGAGUCCACAACCAGGUCUGGUCCACAACACAAACAUGAAGCCUCAAGCUAAAACAGAUAAAAAGCAACGAUUUUCAUGGUAUCCCUGAAGAGAAACACAGGGGCACCCAACGAGGAUAUAGUUCAAAACCACUCAACAUAGCGUUGUUGAACGUAUUUUAGUAGUUAAACGGUAGAUAUAGGCAUAUUUUUAUCCCCUAAAAACUUUUCAUCUGUUCGCAUUUCCUAGCUGAAAGUCUAGUGAUCUGAAAAUUAUAGGGAUCAAAACUUACCUUUUCGAAAAUUUCAGCCAGGAAAAGGUUCCCGAAAAUUCUAGAUGGCCUAGAUGUGCGAAAAUCCUAGGAGAGGCAGGCAAGCAAGAAAUUUUACAACAAAUGUUCCGAAAAUUCUAGUUCUCAAAUCGUCUUCCGAACAGAUAUUUUCCCGAAAAUUGCCGUUGGCUGCCCGUGAGAAACAGCACAGGGACCGCGGAGGGGGAGGGGCUGGUAGGGCCGCGGCCCCACCACUUUUUUGCGCCCCUGCCCCCACUUUUUGAAAAUCAAAUACUAUGAUUUUAUUCCUUUUUUCGAUUUUCAAUAUGAAAAAAUUAUUUUCAAUUGUCAGCCCUCCCACUUUUCACCUUGCUCCGCGGCCCCUGCAGCAGCCAGCAGAGGAAAAAGAUGCAGAUAAUAUAAGGAAAGUACUUUGUACAUCAUUCAUUCAGUGGUUUUGAGGAUUAAAUUUGUGUUUUUUUAAGAACCGAGUCGACUGUUCUGAUUUGCUUCGGUUUUUUCUCUUACUGGCGUUCCUAGGCAUUUUCUGUCGCUGCAUAUGAUAAAGUGAAAGUCUAAAAGUAUAACAAAACGCUUAAUGUCAGGUCCCUCUGGAAACCAAUUACUUUUUUUCCCUCGAAUACUACUACUAAUAAUAAUAAUAAUAGGCUGUAUUUAAAGAGGGUAAAACACUUAACAGUAGUCCUAAGACACUGAUGACUCUGUGGCCCUCAAAGCAAAUUGAAAAUAUAGAUUCUACAGCUAAAAACUAUGAAAUAUACUAUUUUCAAAGAUAAUUUAGAAUAUGAUGUUUCCCUAGACUUUGUCUCGGGAAACAGACUCUCGGGAGAACAAAACUAACUGACGGUUUCCCCUUGGAUCUGACAUUUUUAAUAAGUGUAUAUUGUUGAAGCACUAAAUUUUUUUUGCGUUACCUGUGAGUUUUAGCCAGAUUUUCCUCGAUGAAUAAAUCUAAUUUUGCAGAAAACUGGUGUCUGGCGUAGAUAACGUAGUGAAUUUUAAGGACUCUUCAAGACCUAAUAAAGAAAUUGAGUACUUUUCAAGGACUUUAGCCGAAUUCAAGGACUUUUCAAGACGGACAAGACGACUACUAAAACUCAAGACCUUUUCAAGAUUGUACGAACUACGUCUACAAAACACACUUUUUUUCCUGUUUUAUUAAUAUUGUUGCAUUCGUCUAAGCCCUCUAGUGAAUGCUGCAUAGUAAAAAAGGUUUUUUCUGUUUGUUGUCUUCUUUAGUUUUCACUGCGCUACCGUAAUAUUUAGCUCUGCCUUUGGCGUUAUAACUGUUGUUAAUUGGAGCCGAAAAUGACUCUACUUAUGAAAUAAGUUUUAUCAUUUUGAAAAUUUAGUUUGUUCUGUGGUGAUGUAUUAUGAUAGUUUCGUUGGUUUAAAGUGAAUUAAUAUGUGGGUCUGUUUUAAUAGAAGAGUAGUUUUGAAGUUUAUAUUGUUACUUGCUGGGUAUGGUUUAAGUUGUAGUUAUAUUCUUUACACUAAUUAAAACCGGUAUAAUUUUUGUUGUACCUAGCUUAACUCAGUUGGUGAAAUCGAUGUAUGUUUAUUUCUGUACAGCAUCAUUCAAAAAAAUUCUUAUUGUUUCUUCUAAAGCUUGCAACUUCGACUUCGAAACGGGCUUGCAUGGUUGGAAAAAGACUGGAACAGCAUUUAACAAUCAACCUACCUACGGUGAUAACCCAACAGCACGCAAAAGAGGACAACCAGCCAAACAGCAGGGUGAGUGGUGGAUCGGAGGGUCCGAAAACAGGCCAUCCAAGGCAGCAACCCCUGGGGCAGUUCAGGGAGAUGGUCCCCAAGGAACUCUUGUUUCCCCGUUCUUUAAGAUCGUUGGCAAACGGAUCUCAUUCAAGAUUGGAGGAGGCUGUGACAUAAAGACAGUUCGUGCUGAGUUGAUCGUUGAUCACCAAGUAACACAGUCUUUCAGAAUUGCUUUUAGUUUUGUAGUUUGGUUGUGGGGCGGGAAUAUUUUCUCAUUUUAAUUUCAAACACGGCGGGUAAUAUCAAAAUAGGUGCAACAACUAGUGAUUCACAGGAGGACAUUUUAUGUUCCUUUAUACUCACUUAAGCUUGUCAACAGUUCAGGAGUGGUUGCGUUUCGUACAAGAAGUUCAAAUAUGUUUCUCGUUUUCAGGUUGUCAAAAGUACUACUGGUUCGUGUUCUGAAACAAUGUCUCGCAAAUUCUGGGAUGUUGAAGCCUUUGUUGGUCGAACAGCAAGUGUCAAAUUAGUGGACUUCAGCAGUGGAGGAUGGGGUCACAUCAAUUUUGAUGACCUCAGAGGCGAUAUCAGUUGUGGGCAAAAAUAA